GGCUGUCAUCAUUCCGAUCAUCAGCUAGAUGUCUUCUUACUUCUGCGUCUGCAGCCGCCGCUCAGCAGCACUUCCAUCAGCGACGACGUGGACGCUCCGACCAGGAAGUAUAAGAUUUAUUGACCUUGAGUCAUUAUUUUUAUAAGAUUGCUUGUCACGAUGGAACGGAACGGAACGCUGAUGCUGAGUCUCGAUGGCUUUGUAGAUGUGGACAAGUACAGAUACGUUUACGUGGUGUUCUUUUUGGCAGUCUAUGCUCUCAUUCUCUGCUCUAAUUGCAUCAUUUUUUGUCUCGUCUGGAUCCAUAGGAACCUUCACGAGCCCAUGUACAUUUUCAUUGCAGCUUUGUCGCUCAACUCGCUUUUUUUCAGCACUGCAAUCUACCCCCAGCUCAUCGUGGCUGUUUUGUCUGACCAACAGAGAGUUUCUUAUUCCGGUUGUUUGGUCCAGGUUUUUUUCUUCUACAAUUUAGGUAGUUCUGACAUUUUGUUGCUGCUUGCUAUGUCUUACGACAGAUACGUGUCCAUCUGCAGGCCUCUUCAAUACGCAUCUACCAUGGGCACCACCAGCGUCAGCAUUUGUUUGGCCUCGGCCUGGUUUGUGCCCGUCUGUCUGAUAUCGGUGACGGUUGUCUUUCAGUCCAAACAAAAAAUCUGCAGCGUGACAUUGGCUGGAAUUAUUUGCAAUGCGGCAAUGAUGAAUAUUCACUGUACAUUACCAACGUUUCUCGCUACGUGGACUUUGUUUACCCUAUCCGUUAUGGCUGUCAUCCCCGUGCUGUUCAUUUUCUUCACGUAUUUUAAGAUAUUCAUGGUCGCCUAUCAUAGCCGGGGAGAAGUCUGGAAAAAAGCGGUCGAUACGUGUUUACCCCACCUGAUUGUCUUAUUGGCUACCUUCUCUUUGAUGACCUUUGACGUCAUCAUGGGUCUACUGGAGUCGGUGCUUCCGAAAAACGCGCGACUGAUUCUGACUCUCCAAACGUUGGUGUACAAUCCCCUGCUCAAUCCGAUCAUUUAUGGUUUGAAGAUGACGGAAAUCCGGAAGCACAUCAAGAGAUUGUGUUGCAGUCAUGUCGUAGUGAUCAAAACUCAAGAGGAAUGAAGAUGACUUCAUUUGUGUGCGUUUGUGUGUGUGGGUGUGAGAGUGCGUGUGAGCUACUGUGUUUUUAAUGUAUGUACAUGCAGCUUGACGUGUAUGCGUUUCUUACGCGGGUGUGAGUGCAGGCGCGCAGGUAUGUGUGCGCACUUGUGCGUUUGUGGUUUGUCCGCACGCCCUGCAAAUAUUUGAAUACGCUGAUUUAUUUGUACUCUGACUGUAAUCAAAAAAGGACAAAGCUCCACUGUGUAGUUUCAUGUUGCCACUUAAUAUUUUCACAUCAUUAAAUGCCCGUGGAUAUCAUUUCAUAUCAUUCGGUGGUUCUCCAUUUGUUGUCACCCCUUCUCCUUUGAUCACAAAGUCGCCGCCCGCUUUCAAACCC